AUGGCGGCCACGGUUGCUGAGACGCAGCCGGCGACGACUGCGCUAUCGGCUGGCAUGGCAUCGCCUCAUCAACGCCAUGCCGGCAGCGCUCCCUCUACCGAUUCCGCACCCCAUCCUCUACCACCUACUCGCAGCUUCAAGCUGUCUGAUUUCAAGCGGGUGCGGACUCUGGGCACGGGCACGUUUGCUCGAGUAUGUCUGGUCCGCCCUGCCAGCGCCACCCAACCCCUGGAGGAGGAAAAGAACCCUGAAGUAUACGCUCUCAAGAUUCUCAAGAAGACGGAGGUGAUCAAGCUGAAGCAAAUCGACCACGUGCGUAAUGAGCGAGCCAUACUAGCAGACGUGGCAGGCUAUCCCUUCAUCACCAAUCUACUAGGCUCAUUUUCCGACAACGAGUCAUUAUACAUGCUCCUCGACUACGUUCCCGGAGGCGAGCUCUUCAGCUAUCUACGGAAGUACCGCCGGUUUGACGAGCAAGUUGCGCGCUUCUACGCCGCCGAGAUUGUCCUUGUAUUGGAGUUUUUACACGAGCGGCAGGGUGGAGUGGCUUAUCGAGACCUCAAGCCGGAAAACCUCUUACUGGACCAGGAAGGACACAUCAAACUCGUCGACUUUGGGUUCGCGAAACGGCUGGGCUACAAAGACGACAGGCCUGUCGAGACUUACACGCUUUGCGGUACGCCCGAGUAUCUUGCGCCGGAGGUCAUUCAUAACAAGGGCCACACGACAGCGGUGGACUGGUGGGCGCUGGGCAUUCUAAUAUACGAGUUCCUCACGGGCUACCCUCCCUUCUGGCAUCAGAAUCCUAUUGAGAUUUACAAGCAAAUCGUUGAGAAGCCCGUUAUAUUCCCGCAAGAGCCAACCAUAUCGGACGAGGCCCAAGACAUCAUCAAGUCCUUCUGCACAAUCGACCGCUCCAGGCGCCUCGGCAACAUCAGCGGCGGCGCCGGCUGCGUCAAGGCCCACCCCUUCUUCCGCGGAGUCAACUGGGACGAUAUGCUCAGCCGUCGGCACCGCGGCCCGAUUAUCCCUCCCCUUCGAUAUCCCGGAGACGAUCAGUGUUUCGACCAGUACCCCGAGGAAGACGGGACGCGCAUCCCCUACACCGCCGACAUGGCCAAUAGAUACGACCGCUACUUUGAAGAUUUUUGA